AUGGACUGCAUUAAUCAAGUCAAGAUCGCGUUAGAUUUAUUAAAGCCAUCAACUUUGAACUCGUGUUGGAAAAAUAUUUGGCCAGAAUGCGUAAAAUGCAAAGAUCCUGUUAUCGAUAAUAACGCUGAACUUGCUGAUAUAAUAACAAUGGCCAAUGCAAUCGGUGGGGAUGGAUUCGAUGACCUAUCGUUAGCAGAUGUAGAAGAAUUGUUGAUCAAAUGCCACGAAUAUUUUCCUUAUGAUUCAAAUGGAAUUUCGGUUAUUAUCAGGAAGAAAACUUGCUUUGAAUAUUAUGACCGAUCCGAGAUGUUAAUUACUCAGGAAAAGUAUGGAUUAAAACGGAAAAUUGAUCAUUUCUUUUUCAAAAAAUGGCCAGAUCAUGGAUGUCCCAAGGAUCCUGCGCACUUGAUAAAUUUUAUUCGUAAAAUAAGAAGUUAUCGACUGUCUAGCUAUUCGCCAACUGUUAUUCAUUGUAGUGCAGGAGUCGGACGAACUGGUACAUUUAUCGCUUUGGAUAUAAUAAUGCAAAGGUUGAAGUACGAGUUUAAGAUCAAUAUUUAUGAAACUGUUAAAAAGCUACGAUUUCAAAGAAUGAAAAUGGUUCAAACUAUAGAGCAAUACACUUUUUUGUACGAAUCUGCGUAUGAACUUCUCCGUCGUAAUAUUAAAAAACAAAUAUUUGAUGAUAACAAACUAAUUGUUCCACAUAAAGGCGUUAUAAUGGCAACUAUGUAUAAUUCUGAAGAGCGAAAUAGCGAAAAUGUCUAAUUUGUAAUAGCAACUUAUAAUAUUAAACACAUUUAUAAAAUGUUAGUAAAAUUAUUAAAAGUUAGAAAAUAAAUGUACUAUAGAAAAU